AUGCCGAUCAACAAGUUUGGUAUAUCGCUCGGAAGAGGCGGUGCGGAACCGUACUAUCAAUGGAGAGGAUUAAUCAGAAAUUACGUGCGCGAUAACGCUCUUUGCAUGGUCGCCACCGACUUUGACGCAAAAUCGCGCAAGAUUCGACGGAUAGCGCCGCCUGUAGAUGAUGGCGAUGCCGCUAAUAAACGCUACGUGCAGCAGAGCGUGCAAAUUUUGAAAGAUCGACAGGAUGAAAUCGAGAGAAAGAUGGUCGCAUUCCAGAAUAACAUGCAAAUUACCCUAAACGAACUUCAAAAGAUGAUUCAAAAUUUGCAUGUCAUCGUCAUGGCUGGUAAGAAGCAAUCAGCUGAAAAACGGCUGCUGGUGGAAGAAUUACACGCUCCUGCAAGAAGAAAUUUUUCGCGAAGACGCGUCAUAGUGCGCGGAUACAAUGACCUGUGGCAGGCGGAUAUGGUCGAGAUGCGUCCAUAUACGGGAUUCAACAGAGGCCACCACUACAUACUCACCGUUAUCGACGUGCUGAGCAAGCACGCAUGGGCCGUGCCGCUUAAGGCCAAGAGCGGACCCGAGGUUACUGCGGCGAUCGCGAAAAUAAUUCGAGACGGCGGAAGAUGCCCGAAAAAUCUGCAGACUGACAAGGGGAAAGAAUUUUACAACGCAAACGUGCAGAAACUCUUGAAGAAACAUAAUAUCAAUCACUAUUCGACCUAUUCCGUAAUGAAGGCAUCGGUCGUCGAACGAUUUAAUCGCACGCUCAAGAAUGAUAUGCGGAAAAUGUUUACGCGCAAUGGAAAUUACAAAUGGAUCGACUCGUUGUCGGGUCUCGUAUCGGAUUACAACGCGCGAAAGCAUCGAACUAUCGGCAUGCGGCCCAUCGAUGUUACCCCCGCGAUCGCCGACAAGCUCCUAACAACGGUGUACAGUCACGUAAAAAUCGCUGCUCCCGCGCGAUUCAAAGUGGGCGACUCGGUACGUGUGAGUAAAUUCAAGACAAUCUUCGAGAAAGGAUACACGCCAAAUUGGACCACGGAAGUAUUUAGAAUCGUCAAAGUGCAGAAAACUAAUCCCGUGACGUAUCUGUUGGAAGAUUCCUGCGGAAAACCCGUCGCCGGCGGCUUCUACGAAUACGAGUUACAUCGCGUUGCUAAUCCCGACGUGUAUCUCGUUGAAAAAGUUUUGCGCAAAAGAGGGGAUGAGGUUUAU